GUACUAGUAAUAGUGUUUGAAGUUAAUGUAAAGAAAGAAAUAGAGAGAACAAGCCACGUAAUAAAAAGAGGCGUGGAGAUGUCGGCCACCCUGAAGACAAAUCAAACCCAAGGGGGCCUCCUGUUGUUGUGUUGAAGUUGCUUGGUUGUUGGAUUCCCCAGAUCCAUCGCUUCUCGCCCCGCACGUAGUGGUAUAUAUUCAUAUAAAUGAUCUAACCUCGAGGGUAAUAAUUGCUUUGAAUUAGCAGUUUCUACCUCCAUCUUAAACACUUUUUUUUAUUUUAUCUGCUUCAAAUGGGAAGAGAUAAUGGAGCAACAGCUAGCUGAUUAUUCAUGUUCGUCAUCUAUAGAUAGUAGCAACCACCCUCCUUUCCCAUCUUCUACUGGUGGUGCAUCUUCUUCUUCUUCUUCUUCUUCUUCACCUUCUUCAUUGGGUGUUUCAAGUAAUAUUAAUAAUAUUAGAAGAGAUUUGAGCACAGAUCUAAGGUUAGGCCUCAGCAUCGCACCCUCUACCAUCCAGAAUAUUGACGAUUCUUCAACUUCAAAUCAAAGGGUUGAGGGGUUUAACUGGCGGCCAAUCAAACCACUGUUAAGCAGUGAACUUGCUGAUAAUUAUGUGGAGUUGCGGGUGCAGCAGCAGCGCCAUGAAAAUACAUCUUUGUUUAUGAAGGUUUACAUGGAUGGAAUACCAAUUGGAAGAAAACUGGAUUUAUAUGCACAUCAUGGUUACAGCGCAUUAAUAUCAACGCUUGCACACAUGUUUAAGACCACCAUUCUCUGCCCUGACAAUGAUGGUGUUCAUUGGAAUAUUGAGAAACGCCAUGUAUUGACUUAUGAAGACAAAGAAGGAGACUGGAUGUUGGUUGGAGAUGUUCCUUGGGAGAUGUUCCUUACCAAUGUGAAAAGACUAAAGAUAAGGAGAGCAGACAGGUGCUAGGUAGCUUAGGUUGUACAUGAAUUAUGUUGAUUCCUUGAACACCUUCAUCUAUUGUUAUUGGUGGAUAUCAUGAUGAUUUGAUGGAUUCCAAUGAAUUAAACAUAUAUUGUACAGUAGUCUGCGUACACCAAUUAAUGAAAUAUAUCUGAAGUACUUGUUUAUUCA